AUGUGGUCUGCUAAGAGCAUCACAGGCGUUGUACUGCCAUUUAUUGCCAGCGCUUGCCUGAACAAGUAUGGGUCCAGCACCACACUGCGAGCUUGGACCGUCACUACAUUCUUGACCACUCUUCUAACGUUGCCUUUCAUGAAACCCCGAAUUCCGAUCUCGUCAUCUGCAGCAGCUCGUCCUUUGGAUUUGGGCUUCUUGAAACAACGUACAUUUUGGAUGCUGCAGGCAGGUAACAUCAUUCAGAGCUUUGGUUACUUCUUGCCGACAACAUACCUUCCAUCAUAUUCGACAGACACAAUCGGACUGUCACAGACUACCGGUACUAUGCUGGUCUCUCUCUUCAACGCAACAUCUGUCGUCGGUGGGAUAGCUCUUGGAGCACUCUGCGACCGCUUCUCAGUUACCAACAUCAUGCUGUUGUCUUCUGUUGGUUCAGCACUAUCAGUCUUCCUUUUCUGGGGUAUGGCAUCUUCUUCAGGCUCAAACUCGUCGCAAACAGCCAUUGGCCUUCUUGCUGUGUUCUCCAUAACAUAUGGAUUCUUUGCUGGGGGGUUCAGCUCCACCUGGUCGGGGGUGAUCACUCAGAUUAAGAGUGAAUCUUCGCCAUCCUUGGAUACUGGGCUUGUCUUUGGUCUUCUUGCCGGUGGGCGCGGAAUCGGAAAUGUGAUCAGUGGACCGCUGAGCACGGUUUUACUUCAUUCUGGGUCUUUGGGUGGCUCGAGUGAUUCCGGCAGCAAUACCGGCUAUGAAUCACAAUACGGCACACUCAUAUUGUUCACUGGUAUCACCGCAUUUCUGGGGGCAUGGAGCUGGAUGUGGCGUUAUAUCAACCCAGCGCUGCGAUGUUUUAGUUGA